AUGAGGAGUGGCAAAACAUGCAUCGAGGCGCUGGCCACAGAGGAUGCUGCUUCUGAGGUGCAGACUCUCGAGAAGGACCGUGAAGGCAUGCAUGGCGGCCCGAAGCAGGUCCAUGCAGGCCUCGAGGAAUGGCAGCGCGCUCCCUCGGAGCUUCUCCAGAUACUCCGGAAUCUGGGAUUCCCGGAGUCCGAGGCUUCGGACUCCUGCCUUGCAGCCUCCGCGCCGAAGCAGCUCUCGGGGAAAUGGAGGAUGGAGGUGGAGUUGGCCAAGGCACCCUGGCUUCGACCGAAGCUGUUCCUCUUGCACGAGCCCACCAAUCACCUGGAUUUUCGGGCUGCUCGCGAGUGGCUCAUUGAGCAGAUCGCGGAGUAUCCGCACACAGCGGUGGUCGUCUCGCAUGACAUGGCCUUUCUUCACAAGGUUUGCAAGGACAUCAUUUGGAUGGCGGCGCAGAGGCUGGAGACGUUGCCUGGAAAGAUCUGCUUGUCGCAAGAAGAUCUGCUCCGAAUGCAGCGCCGGAAGCCUCUCCGAUUGGAGUUCCGGGUGCCCAGCGGUGAGGACCCGGUCUCUCGAGGAAAGUCGCUGCACGAUGACGAGUUCACUUACGGCAGCCUGGCUGCAGUUUGCCUUCUCAUCUCGUAG